CCAGUGCCAGUUAAAAUCAGUGAUGGCCGCAAGGCUUGCGAUGCACAUUACGUUGAGAUUGCGUUGAGUUUGUUUAUCGCGACGUUUCCGUGGUAAGAAAAAUUCUGUGACUUUCAUUCGACGCGGGCUGAUUAUUGCCGUGUAUCUCUGUAAAAAGUACAUUCGGCUGAAACGUAUUUGUCAGAGUGGCUCACAGAAACUACGCGUUUGCUCCUCUUGACAGAUCUGUCCCGUGUUCGGAGUAGCAGUACCUACUCGAGUGCCACGAGAAGUGUCGUUACAUCGUCAUUUAGGUGACUUUCUUGUAGUAGAAGCCAUCCUAAUGACGUCGCGUAUGUGAUAGAACGAUACGAAAGGAGCCUUUGCCGACACGGGGACGGCGACCCCACACCCGUCGGCAAUUCUUUUUCUUCUCACCCUUGUUGGAGACACGCGCAUCGAAAGCGUCUAAGAUAAGAUGGCGGAGGAUGGCGCCGGAGGGUCGGGAAAUAGCAGCACCGGGGAGGCAAGCCGGUUGCAGCUGUUGCAAGAAAUGCGGCAGCAAAAUUUUGAUAGCAUUCGAUUUGCGUCGUACCGCACUGCGUGCAAAUUGCGAUUUAUUCAAAAGAAAGUUCACUUACAUAACGUGGAUAUAUGGAAUGUAAUCGAAGCAUUUCGGGAAAACGGUUUAAACACUUUGGAACCAUCCAGCACAUUGGGAGUUUCGAGGCUGGAAACUUUAUUGUCUUCCUUAUUCCAUGCCCUUAAUAAACGAGUGCCUGUUUCGCAACAAGCCAAAGUCGAUGCUACAACCGCUCUGUUGAUGAACUGGUUACUUGCUGCCUAUACUACAGGGGAAAACAAUAAGAUAUCCGUUUUCUCUGUGAAAGUAGCGCUAGCUACGUUAUGUGCUGGAAAACUAAUGGACAAAUUUCGAUAUAUAUACUCACAAAUAUCGGAUAGCAAUGGUCACAUGAUACACUGGAGAUUCUCUGACUAUUUGAAGGAAGUUCUAGCGUUAACGGCUGCGGUUUACGAAUCACCAUCUUUUGGAUACUCCGAGGGUCUUGCCAAUUCAAUAUUUCCCCAAAAUUCGAAAGUCACGGUUAACGAUUUUUUGGAUACUCUUAUGUCUGAUCCAGGACCACACUGUUUAAUCUGGCUUCCAUUGUACCAUAGAAUGGCUGCUGUCGAAACAGUGGCCCAUCCUGUCAUGUGUGACGCGUGUCACAAAGAAAACUUCACCGGCUUCCGAUACAGAUGUCAGAAAUGUCACUCGUACCAGCUCUGUCAAGAUUGUUUUUGGCGCGGUAAAGUUUCUGGGACACAUAAUAACGAUCAUGAAACGAGGGAGUACAGUAGUUUUAAAUCACCGAGCAAACAGAUUGGUCAUUCCUUACGAAAGAGCUUCAGAUGCGUACCUGAAAAGGGGAAGAAUAGUUUACCGAGAUUUCCGGAACAACCUGAGAAGACGUUAGAUUUAUCACACAUAGUCCCGCCAUCACCUUUACCAUCUCACAACGGUUUUCCAGAUCCAGGUUUCAUGGCUCCUUUCGAUUCCGGAUCGAUGGACAGCCGUUCUACUUUAAGGAGUAUGGAUAGUUCAAGACUGGAUGAUGAACAUAAAUUAAUAGCACGAUACGCACAAAGGUUGGCUCAGGAAGCUAGGACUAUGCCUCGUGCCGCAUCCAGAAUGUCGCAAGCUGACCAAGCAGGUAGGGCACCGUCUGAUGCUAAUUUGGCGUCAUUAGAUGCCUCGAGAGCACAACGCGAACUUAUAUCGCAGUUAGAGGCAAAGAACAAGGAAAUAAUGCGCGAGAUUGCAAGGUUAAGGAGACAACAAGAAAUAGAAGCGGCUGGUUUGGAAAAUCCUGCAUUAAUGUCUGAACUGAGAGCCUUGAGGCAAAGAAAAGAUGAGUUAGAAACUCAUUUAGCAACAUUGCAAGAUUCUAGAAGACAAUUAAUGGUGCAACUGGAAGGUUUAAUGAAAAUGUUAAAGAAUCACCAGGCAUCUCCAAGGUCAACACCAAAUAGUUCACCACGAAGUACAAAGUCACCACCUUUACCUCCUGGUGCAGUGCCAAGUAGUAGAUCAGCUCCACCAACUCCAGGUGGUCCACUUUCUACAACUCCACAACAACAACAACAACAACAGCAGUCGCAAAGUCAACAACAAAUGUCUCAAAGUUACCAGAGUCCCGUUCCAACGACAUCAGUGGCGAGUGUAACUAAUAAUACCAUGCUGGGAACAAUACAAAAUCCUAUUCCAGAUAACUUAUCAUGUGUUGGAGGCGAUGUAAGGUCUGCGUUCAGGACAAACAGCUUGCCAGGGAGUGGUUCCAGCAGUGCGAAUAAUAGCUUGGGCCGAUCCUUACGAAAUGACUUAUUGGUAGCUGCUGACAGUGUUACUAAUGCCAUGUCAACACUCGUGAGGGAAUUGAAUUCGGACUCAGACCAGGAGGAUCAUUCUCACAACUCUGGCCGAAUUAACAUCAGAAAGCCGUUAGACAGUAAAGCGUUAACAGUAAAUUGUAAAUUGGGAAUUGUAAUAGUAAAUCAGAUUUCGAGGCUGGCGAGGAUGGUGAUGAUAGUAGCGGCGGCGGAAAUUCUUGGCGAGAAGAGCUUCAGCGACGCUAUCAACAGGAAAAUGAUUUCUUGGCUGAGUUGCGUGCACGCAAUGUUAAUAUCUCGCAAACCCCAUCUGCUACCCCAUCCAGCGAGCAAGAACAAGAAAGAGGCGAAAGGGAAGAGGCAGAUGGAGAGAAGGAGGAUGAAAAUGAAUCUAACUGGACAGAACCAGCAAAAAAAUGGGUCAACCGAUAAGUUUGUUAUACAUGACAUUUAUAUGUAUUCUAACGGCUUAGAAACUGCUACCAAAUGAAACGCAAAUAAGUUACUGUAGCUCCACCGGUUAUUUAUAAUAGGCAUAUAUCUGGGUGUUAGUGUGAAAUAUAACCAAUAUGACAUUAGAUUUUGGACAGUAUUUAAAAAAAAUCUUACAGUUUUCGAAGCAGUACUUUUAAUCAAAAAGGUUAUCAUCCCAUGUCAACAAACACAGAGGUCAUAAAAUAUCUUGAUACAAAUUUUAACAAACAGGUAAAAUUAAAUAAUAUAAAUUUAUUAAAAAAGUACGAAACUCUUAUUUAGUAUUUGUUAUUUAUCUUUAACAUAUUUCAUGAAAUAAGGAAUUUUAUUGUUUUUCUACUGUUAUUAAAAUAUUGUUUCUAUAUAUUUUAAAUAUUUAUACGUUUCGUUUUAAAACAGAUAUGUAUGAAAUUUUUGAAUUAUUAAUUUCUUUUAUACAUAUGUUGUUUCAUACAUAUUUUAUUUCUGUAACUGUAAUUAAACGCAUUAAAUAUAAUGUUACGAAUAACUGAAACCAAAGAAUAUGACUGGCGGUGUUUAUGGGCCUAAGAUAUAAAGAUCUCUAAAUCAGGCUAAAUAUAAGAAACUUUCUCUAAUUUAUACAUUCACUAAUACUACAUACAAGACACUGCAUUUAUACAAUUUUGUCAUAAAAAUAUGGAAAGACAUUAACCUAAACCUGGGCGCUCAGUACGAAACAGACAUUUAGUCUAUCGUAGAUGUUAAAAAUGGAAGAAACUUUUGCACAGGUCUCUUUGACCAACUUUGUACAAGGAGGUAAGUAAAUAUAAUUAAAGAAGUUUUUUAAAGUCGUAAUAAAGAAGAUUGUUAAAUGAACGCUUAGUUGCAGAGUCCCGACGUUUUUUUGUACAUUCAUACGAAUUAGAUACAAUAUUCAAUAUAAACUUUACAAUCAUUAAAAACUUAAAUCAUCGUAUUUUAAAUAUAUUUCAUCGUAUUAGGUGCUUGACUGUAGUCAUAUGCGACACAUACAAAUGUCAUAGAAAUUUUUGUAAUGCAUUUUAACUUUUUGUUUUCAUUUUAAUAAUAUACACCUCGGAGCUAAUGACUCAUAAAUGAACUCUUUUUCAAAUUAUUCAUUGUCAUUAUUAGUUUUAUUUGGCUGUGUACAAUAAUUCAAGAUUUGUAUCGGGUCAGGUUAGGUUCAUCUCCUAUUUUCUAAAUAUAUUGUCAACUGUAAGUACUCGAACAUCUGCUGAAUAUUGAACAACAGUCAUGUAUAUCGACAUACAAAUUAAGAAAGUUUCAAAAAAUGGAAUUGAUUAGUUUGGCUUCUUAGUGAUUUAUCUAUUGGAAUAUCUAAUAGAUUCUAUUUUUAGAGAGAUUUUAUUCCUACUAUUCUACACCAUACUCUAUUUAAAAUUCUAAAAUUAAAUUGUACGUAUUAAAGAUUUUUAAGACCUCGUGUCCUUCUUUUCGUUAUACCAUUUAGGAUAAUGCUUAGGAUGCCUUAGAUCAAUCGUAUGUAAUGUACUACAGAAUUCGAAUUGGAUGUAUGAGCUGUUAGGUAACUAGCCAUCGUCGCAUAAUCUUUGGCAACUAGUUACAAGGUUUAUGACAGGGUAUUUGUUAUUGAAACAUAAAAAAUGUAAAAGAUAUGAAAAUCCAUUGAAUCAUUAAUAAGUCAGCUAAAUUCUACCUCCCACAAAUAGUUAUUUCUGACAUCAUAGACUUAACCUAGCGAUAAAUUUUUACUUCUGGCAAUUCAGGGAAUCUCAUAUUUAGACUAUGGGCUUUUAUGCGCAAAAGUACAAGAAUUCAAAUAUUUAAAAUAUCCAAAAUAGAAUACUUGUUGCAGUGUUCAUGAAACAAAUUCCUAUUAGAUUUUAUUUUUUUAGUUCUGUCUUUAAAAAUAUAAAUUUGCAUAAGUAUCCAUAGUCUACCACUAUUUUUUUGUUGUAGAUAUUGCUGGGACUCUGAUCCAACCAAACUUGACUCGAUCUAAUCGUAAGAUAUCAAUGAUUUUGGAUCUUUGCACAUUUUUAUGUUUUAUUCCUACAAGAUAUUUACAUGUAUUUAUAAUAAUUAUAAAUCGAAUGACAGUCAUAACACUUAUUACAAUCGAAUUACAAGUUCCUAUCUCCAACAUGCUUUAAAGUAGUUUACAAUAGAACAAUAUUAUUUAUACUUGGGAAAAAAUAAUAUAUUUAUGACCCAAUGGCUUUGAGGUAUUAUAUUAAUGAUAAUGUAUAUAAAUCUCAUCGUUGAUUAUCUAAUUAAAUAUAAAAUACUGAUAUUGGUAGGAAACGCUUAAAUGUAUUGCUUAGGCAUUUUGAACGUAUUUAUUGACUUUGUUUUCUUAACUUUAAAAUCUUACAAAAACUAUCACAUUUAAAUGCCUAAGUUUUACAGGGUAAUCAUAAUCACGUCACUUUUAUGAUUGUAUAAUAAAUAAGAAUAGAAGAAUUGACUUUGUUUUAUAUGCUAUAUUUAGUUCCUAGAUUAAAGAUAUACUAUCUCAGUAAAUGAUAAUUAAAUUGUAAUUAAUAUGGAACGAUACACAUUUUAUAAUUUUUACGUGUUGAAUGUAUUCAAAGUGUUCUAUGUAUAUAUUUAUAUGAUUUCGUAAUCUUUUUUGUCUAUAUUGACAGUAGCAACUACAUAAUACAAGUAUUAAAUAAAACGAAAAAAAAAUUGAAAUCAUAACGUGCAACGUAAAUAAUUGUGCUAGCUAUUAAUAUUUAUUUCCAAUUUUGUUUAACUGUUACCGGUUCGCGACCGGACAGCCAACGGCCUGCGUAACGUCAUUCCGACACUCAAUAAACGUUAAGGACCCAAUAUAGCCUUUCACUUUCACUGUAUUGUA